UUUCUCACGAGACCGGAAGUAGACUUGAGCUUCCUGCUGUUAGCUCUCUGGCCAACAGCGUGUGGCGCGGGUCUGCUGAGGAAAACCUUUCAGAACCGACGCUUUCCUGACCCGGUUCUGGUGACACAACUUCUCCCUUCCAGCACCGAGCAGUGACUGCUACCCAGCCGCAUCGAAGACGAAUCAACCGAACCGAACCGGCAACUGUACAAAGAGCUCCUUUGUUCUGCUGACCAUCGAGAGUUUUGCGCGGUAAACAAUUUGCAGUUUGGAUCCAAGAUGGAAGAUCUGGUGGAACCGACUCUGCUGCAGGUGAAGGAGGAAGAGGAAGAAAUGGUGCAGAUAAAGGAGGAAGAGGACGAAAUGGUGCAGAUAAAGGAGGAAGAGGAGGAACUCGACAUUAAGCAGGAAGGAAGCGACGAUGAAGGCUCAGGAUCCAGCAGAGAAAAAAUGAGGACCAAAAGACUUUCUCCUGAGAAGGAAGCCUUGUACUUCAUCUCUUCAGAUCAGGACAAAGCCAUAUUUCGGAAGACAUUUAUUAACAAAGACAAAGGUGAUGGAGUUUUUGCUACUGAAGACAUUGAGCCACAACAAUUCCUGCUGGAAUAUGUUGGAACACACAUCACUGGCUCUGAAGGAGAGAGCCUGCUUAAUGAGUAUUCAGAAGUAGAUGCAGCAUUUUUGUUUUUUUACAAAUUUCAAGGAAAAAGCUACUGCGUUGAUGGUAGUAAAGAUACAGCAAGACUUGGAAGAUUCAUGAAUGAUGAUCACAUCAAACCAAACAGCAAAAUUCAAAUCGUAUUGGACGAGCAAAAAAGACCACAUCUGUGUGCAUUUGCUAUCAGAAAAAUACUGGCAGGAGAAGAAGUUGUAUUUAACUAUGGGGAUGAUACGUGCAAAUGGCGACAGAAGACUGCUGCAUCCUCUUGCAAUAAGCAGAUGGAAAAGAAGGAAUCCCGAUGGAAGAGCUCACUAGAAAAUCUGGAGUCUGACCCUGACGUGACGAAAAUCGAUGGUCUUCUCUUCAAUCCAAAAACUAAGAUUGCAGAUGGAUGCAAUGGGGCACAAGUCUUUCCAGGACUCUUUGGCAACUGCCAUGUGGCAGUGAAACGAGUUGUUAAACAUGUUGCCAACAAAGAAAUGGAAAUGGCAAAAUUACUAUGUUCAGAAAAAUUAAUGGUGAAACAUUUGUUGCAGCCCCUUGAAGUGUUGGAAGACUCGUACUUUGCUUAUUUUGUCUCCCCUCUUUGUGAGUAUAAUCUCAGAGACCUGAUUGAAGAUAAGGAUUUUCCUGAGAGACAAAACCUGACUGAGCAGUGGAGACUGGGAAUCUGCAAGGAGUUAUUGCUGGGACUUCAGGAACUCCACUCACACGGAAUUUUGCACAGAGAUUUGAAGCCUCAAAACAUCUUGUUUGGUGUAAACAAUAAAUUGUAUAUUGGAGACUUUGGGGCAAGCAGAAAACUAGAUCCAACAAAAUCCACCUCUUCUUCACUAAUAUCUGUAACUUUGUCCUGGUUGAGUUACGAGCAAGCUCAAGAACACAAGUACAAGAAAGAGUCAGAAGUCCAAAUCGCUGGAUGCUUGAUGCAUUACAUCCUCACAGAUGGCCAACAUCCCUUUCAACAAACAACACCAUACUUCAAGAAUGCCUUUGGGAUACUUGACAAUGUCAAAAAUGGCAAUUUCACUCUUCACUGUGAGGAAAGAUGGAGCAGCCAAAGAGAUAUGAUUUCCCGGAUGCUGAGUAGAUCACUCGAAGAACGUCCCACCAUUGAAGAAGCUCUUCAGGCAUUCAUGUGUUUGGCACAUCAACCUGAUUAUACUGCAACCAUGAACAACGGUGGAUGUGAGAAUCAAAAUAAAGAUGGACCCCCUUCAACAAAUUCCUGCCCUGAAACCUUUAAUGACAUGAACAUUCCAGAGAGUUUGGUCACAGAUCUGCCUGGCAUCACUGCCAGUAACCCGCUGCCUUCAUCUCUGCCGACAGAAGAGGAAUUUUCUGAGUGUGAAAUGAAUACUGAAGAACAAGUUUCCCCUGCUCUGGAAAUGUCAGAUCAAGAAGUGAAUGAUGACCCACAAUCGGAGGAAGAAGAAACUACAAAAACUGAAGUAAUCCACAGAAAACCAUCUUGUAAAACUGAGCAGCACUCAAAUGGCAGUAACUCUCAACAAUGUAAGAUCACAGUAAAAAUGUCUUCAAACACUGCCCAUCAACGUAUCUAUGACAAGAAGAAUUAUUGUCUUUUCUGUGAGAAGCCUUAUGCAAAAAUUACAAGACAUCUGAAACAGAAGCAUUCAGACAAACCUGAUGUGGCCAAGGCACUCGCACACAGGAAAGGAUCAUCAAUGCACUCCUUGCUAUUGGCCAAAGUAGCAAACAUGGGAAACUAUCAGCACAACUGUUCUGUCCUGACCUCUGGGGAAGGACUAAUCAUCCCAAAAAGGCAAGCAACCCAUCAAUCAGCUGGAACCAACUACCUACCUUGCAAGUUUUGUUUUGCUAUGUAUGUCAAGACAGAUCUCUGGAGGCAUUAUAAGCGUUGCAAACUCCGGUCAAAAGGAGACAUGGUCACAAGAAAAGUUCAGGCAAGUUCUUCCAUGAUGUUGCCCAUGGAUAUUGCGAUUUCCACUGGACUUCAGAGGGUUCUCCAGGACAUGUCAUAUGACAAUGUAUCUCAGUUAGUAAAGGCAGACUCCCUUAUUAUUUCACUGGGUGAGAGAAUGUACCUCAGAAACGGAGAAGUUGGACGACAUCAAGCAGACAUCAGAAAUAAGAUGAGGGAACUUGCCAGACUUGUUCUGAUGGCAAGAAACAUUGACAAGGAUGUUGUUUUUUUGAAAGACUUGAUCUGUCCAGGAAAAUUCAACACAGUCCUUGAGGCUGUAAAACAGAUGACUGGGUUUAAUGAGUUAUCCAACAGAUUCAAAGUGCCUUCAACAGCACUAAAACUGCGGCAUUCUCUUGUGAAAGUGUCACAUAUUUUGCAAGGAGAGGCACUGCGUCAACAGAAUGUUGAUUUAAAAUCAAAAGCAGAGGAAUUCACCAAGUUAAUUGAACUAGAAUGGACAACACAUGUAUCAUCCAAUGCCCUGAAAACGCUUUACCAGAAAAAAUAUAAUAUCCCCCAAAUACUGCCUUUGUCAGAAGACAUCAAAAAGCUCCAGGACCAUCUGAAAAGCCUCCAGGUGGUCUACAAAAGAAAUCUCACUGAUAAACCAACAGCAAAAUCAUGGAGCGAACUCGCUCAAGUCACUCUGACACAGCUAAUACUGUUCAAUCGUCGUAGUGAAGGAGAAGUUUCAAGAAUGGAACUCAGCACAUAUUUACAAAGGAGCCAACACGACAUGCAUGAUGAAGUUUUAGAGAGCCUUUCAAAGUUUGAAAAAAAACUUUGUGAGAAUCUCACCAGAGUAGAGAUACGGGGGAAAAGGGGCCGCAAAGUGCCUGUCCUGUUCCCAACAAAUGUAAAAGAGUCUGUGGAACUUCUGAUUAAAACUAGAGAAGAGGCUGGGAUUUCCCCCACCAAUCCCUACAUUUUUGCUCGUCCAUAUUAUGGAUCCCAAGAGAGCUUUCGUGGAUGUGACUGUUUAAGACGGUUUGCAGAAAGCUGUGGAGCUAAACUCCCACAGAAUCUCACAUCAACCAAACUACGGAAACAUGUAGCCACAGUGUCACAACUCUUAAACCUACAAACCCACGAACUAGACCAGCUGGCAACUUUCAUGGGACAUGAUAUUGAGGUCCACAGGGAAUUUUACAGACUGCCAGAGGAAACAAUCCAAAUGGCAAAAGUCAGUAGACUUCUUUUUGCUCUGCAAGGUGGAAUGGGUAAAUUCAAAGGAAAAUCCCUGGAAGACAUCACACCAAACAUCAACUCUGAGGAGGAGUCUAGUGACUCAGAAGCAGAUGUCCAAUCUGAGGGGACUGUUAACAGAAGUCAAAAAGAAACGUCAAAGGAUAAACACUGCAAGGAGAGAACUUCAUCAUGCAAGGCAGCUGAGGGUAAUAAAAAGUCAUCAUUGGCAUCAAGUCAAAAGGGGAAAUCCAAAAGGCCCUGGUCAGAGACAGAAAGAGAAGUCAUCAUCCAGCAUUUCAAGGACCCUAAAGGAACUGAAGAUCCCUGGAAAAGUGGACUGUGACAGAUGCCUAAAAGAGAAUCCGAUCCUAAGGGACAAUGGGAGAGACUGGAAAGCAGUUAAAUAUUUUGUGCACAACAAAAUUGCAGUUGUAAAGAGGAGCUUGUGCCAAGAAUAACACCACAAAUGCUUGGAACCAGAAUCCCGACACCUCACAUGAUGGACAGACAAUGUUAACCACUACCGUUACGGAGCGUCAGUGUUUUGUGCCUGAAUGCUGGGAGCUCGCACUACGGAGCGUCAGUCUAAGGGUCACAGUGAUGCUCGUCCAUCUAAAUGGAGCUUUAACAUACUGAUUUUGAAAUGUGAGCUGUGCUCAAACCCAGCCAGUCAAGGCAGAGGGCUGCUCAUCCUGAGUCUGGUUCUGCUGGAGGUUUCUUCCUGUUAAAAGGAAGUUUUUCCUCUCCACUGUUGCCAAUGUGCUUGCUCAGGAUGGGAGACUGCGAUAAAGUGAAGAUUCAUCGCAUUCUUCCGGGUUUCUUAGAUUUACAACUCUAACUAAUUGCCUUUUAUGUGAAUGUUGUACAGUGCCCAAGGAGAAUGUUGGUUGGCACUAGACAAAUCAUUUUAAUAUAUUUUUUGGAGUCAAGAUAUUUACCUUACUGUCCUGUCCUGAUAUUUUGUUUUACUCAUUUUAUAUUUGCUUUUGCGCAUUCAUAAGAUAUUCAUACAAACAUUGCACUAUUGACAAAAUGCCAAAACAACUGUUUUAGUACUUCAUCUAUUGUUACAUUUUAAAGUAAACUUUGACUGAAAAUACAAACUACUCUGCAUUUGUUGACUUCUUUCUUCAGUUUUGCUAACUUUAACAAAAAUAUGUAUGUGAUAAAUUAGCUAUCAGUAAGUAUGCAAGUAGAGCCUAUGUUUAAAGCUGAAAGAAAUGUGCUGGUGUAAUGUUAUUUAGAUGAUCAUGUUUAUCAUGUCAAAUACACACAAUGAGAUCAAUAUAAGAAUUUCUGGUUAUCAAUUACAACAGUUAAUUUCUAUGACAAGUUUCCUGGUGAACAAUCAAAUUUGAAGAUUUUCAUCUGUCCAUCCCUACUUCAUUAAGUUGAUAAGUAAAGCUAUUUGAUAAAAGGUCAUUUUCUUCUUUAUCUGGAGUGUGUAUGUUGCUCCAUCCUAUCCAAGAGGGGACUUGUGUCGUUCUGUACAGACCAAGAGGGCACCUUUUAUUUUCUAAUAUUUUUGACAAAGGCUGUUGUAAAUUUCUCUAAAAAAUGUGCUCUGUAAAUAAUAUUUUACUCUUUA